AUUUUUUGCCCCGUUCGAAAAUGGCCGCCGUAGCGUCACCGCGCGGCCGCUCUGUGCGCACUUGGAGGACCCGAGUUCACUGCACCGCGAGCGGCGGGCCCCUGGGCCGCGAGUCAAGGCCAGGAAAGCGCAUGCGCCUCUGGGCUGCGGUAUCCGCGAGCUAGGUGCUGUCGUAAAGGGCCACGGCAGCAGAAGAGGAAAUGGGUCCCCGCGGCCUCUUAAAGGGACCGCGCCGCCGCGAGCGGGAGGAGGCGUCACCAUGCUGAGCUGCCCCCUGCUGGGCUCCCUGCGACUCUGCCUGGAGCGGCGCCCACCCCUGGUCUGCUUCUGCCUCUGCCUCUUCUCAUUGGCCGCCGCCUUCCUCGCCUUGGCCGCCUACAUCCAAUGGCACGAGGUCAGGGACCCUGACAUCACCCAGGACUGGAACUCGCUCCUGGAGUCCCUGAGCCACCUGAGGUUCUGCACCGACAACGGGACGUGGGGGGGGCCAACAACUCUGGCCCCCACCCCCAGGGCUGCCCCCCCUUCACCCGGGGCCCCCCCAGCCCUCUCGGUCUUGGUGGGCCUAACUUUCAACCUCCCCGGGGGAGGGCGACCCAACGCCACCCGCCUGGCCCUGACGGUCACCGGCCACCAGCUGGGACUUGGGGGUCCAGACGCCCAGCAGCCGAUCCGCCUGGUGGUCGUCACCCCGUGGCCCCCCGGCCCCAGCCCCCAGGGCAGCUGUCUGAGCCUGGCAGGCCCCCCCUCCAUGCUGCCCCAAACCAGGGCGCCGCCCCUCUGCAUUGUGGGGGAUCUGGGUGCCCAGUCCCGGGCAGAGCCGGGGUCCUGCUACCCGCCCCACUACCAGCCGGACCCCGCCCUGGCCACCAUGCUGAGCCCGGAGGAUCGCCGCCUGUGCAGCCAGCGCCUCCUGCUGGCCGGCCUGACGGCGCUGUCCCUCUGCGCCCUGCUGCUGGGCGCCGCCGGCCUCUGCCUGCCGCCCGCCCGACACGCCCGGGGGCGGCUCUAGGGGCCGGCCCCCGCCGCCCCGCCCCGCCCCGCCCCGCCCCGCCCCUCCGGGAGCCGGGCCGGGACCCACCUACCCCCCGGCGCCUGCCGGGGCCCGGCCGCGCCCAAUAAAUGGGAAACGCGG